GGGUCAUUCGUUUGACAGUAACAACAUUCGUUUGGAGUUACCUCCUAUGCAAAAUCUCUCUCGCUGAGAAUAUCACUAUCGUUAACCCAUACUAUCGCUCGUUCUUUCCAAAAUGAAGUUCUCUUCUAUCAGUGCUGUGGCCGCCUUUUUGGCUGUCCAGCAGGUCUCUGCCACCUGGGACACCGAAAGCUGCUUUCCCAGUCCAAGUAAAUGUGACAACAAAUGUACCGACACUCAACAUCAAGGAUGGGAUUGGUCCUGGUUGAACCCGGGCCAGUCUAUCCAGAACUUUGAUGGUUUUGGAUUCUCUGGCUUCACUUGCUCCGAGCGUCCCGGUGGAAAGCUCAAGCGUAGCUCUGACAAAUGCAUCUCCGGUAACAUCUCCAAGGGCAGCCACUCAUCCCCUCCCCAGAUCAGCUGCGGCAAGGACAUUGAUGCCUUCUCUAUCACCCACUUCAGCGUCUACACUGACAAGGACACCGACGUUGACUUCAACUUCGGCAUGCCUGACGGAAGCAAGUGUAAAUUCACCAAGAAGUGCGGUUCAGAGGGUACAGCUGUCUCCAACGACCAGUGCGGUGGUGCCACCUCUGUCAGCUGGACCAUUCCUGAUCACAGUGACGUCGAUAACUGUGGAUUCGGUAUAUACUCUAUUGGAUUUGACUGUGCUCCUCCCACUGGCGGUCACACCAAGACUACUCCUAGCCCUCCUCCCACCGCUUCAGUUUCUAUUCCUCACUCAGCGCCUACAGCUCCUGUCUCUGUUCCAAUGACCAAGCCUACUGGUCCUGCUGGUCCUUCUACUACCACUCCUGGUGGUGGUGUUCCAGGAACCUCUGUUCCUGGUACCUCCGCUCCUGGAACUUCUGCUCCUGGUACUUCCGCUCCUGGAACCUCUGCUCCUGGAACUGCUACCACCCCUGGAGCCCCAGGAACCACCGCUCCCGGUACUACUGCUCCUGGAACCUCUGUUCCUGGAACUGCUACCACCCCUGGAGCCCCAGGAACCACCGCUCCCGGUACUACUGCUCCUGGAACCUCUGCUCCUGGAACUGCUACCACCCCUGGAGCCCCAGGAACCACCGCUCCCGGUACUACUGCUCCUGGAACUGCCACCACUCCUGGUGCUCCGGGAACCACCGCUCCUGGAACCACUGCUCCUGGAACUACAGGCGUUCCUAGUGGAUCUUCACCCGUUGUGUCCGUUCCGGUUGUCACUCCCCCCGUCCAGAGCUUCAGCACUUCCACCGUCUUCACCACCACUGAAAUCACCAUCACCAGCUGCGCCCCAACAGUCACCAACUGCCCUGCCGAAUCUCAGACUGUCGUUACCCAGACCAUUGCUGUUUCCACCACCAUCUGUCCUGUUACGGCUACCGAGACUGGUGUUCCUGGAGGUAACACCUCCCCUGCUGGCCCUGCUGGAACCCCUCCUGCUGGUGCUGGUACCUCACCUGCUGGUCCCACUGGUCCUUCUGAGACCUCUCCUGCAGGUGCCGGAAACACUUCUCCUGCUGGUCCUGCCGGUCCUUCUGAGACCUCUCCUGCACCUGCUGGCAGCACCACCCCCGCCGGAAAUAGCCCUACCCCCGACAACUGCCCCAGCGUGGUCCCCAAGUGUAUCAACACUUGGCUCCCCGAAACCUGCAACGACAACACCGAUGUUCCUUGCUACUGCCCUUCCGCAAACGCCACCGCAUCUAUCAUAUCCUGUAUUCAAGCCUGGAGCAGCGACUCUUCUGAACUCACCACUGCCUUGUCUUACUUCACCGGUAUCUGCAGUGGCUACAUUCCUGGAAACCCAGGUAUCGUCACCGCUGUCCCCACCACAAUCACCCUCGGACCUACCCCUGCUCCUUCGGGUCCUGCUGGUGUCUCUCCUGCUGGAUCUUCUGUGGUGCCCUCUGUACCCUGCACAACCAUCACAUUUGCCUCAAGCACUUAUACCGUCCCUCAAGUCGCUUUCACGACUAUUACUCCUACCGGUGUCGCGGCUACUGGUACCCCUACCGUCGGUCUUGUGGGUGUUACAUCUGUCCCUGUGAUCCCCAACCAAGCCGCCGCUACUACUUUGGCUACCAAGACCAGCGCCGUCCCUGGUGUUGCAGGCGCCACUGGCUUUCAGACACCUACUGCCUCUUCGACAAUUAAGCCUUUCACUGGUGCCGCCGUCCCAGGAGCCCUUGUCUCUCGACAGGGUAUGCUCUUGACCGGUGUCAUGGGCGCGUUGGCCUUGUUCUUGUAA